AUGGGCUCCGCGUUCUCGUCAAACGCGAAGGGCCUGUCCCUGCGCCGGAUCGGCUCGGCGGCGGCAACCGUCUGCGUCGCGCUACUCUUGGUCGUCGCCGGCGGAGUCGCCACGCUUCACCACAGGGACAACGCGCCGGUACUGGGGGGAUUCCUUGUAGAGGAUCGCGGAACGACGAUGCGGCGGGUUCCACGAAAGAUGCUUCUCGCCGAGGCCGUCGAGCCGGCGAAAGGGCUCAGGAAGAUUCGCGGCGCGAGCAAGCGCCGGCCGUCGUCAGGCAGCGAGCCGUUGCCGAGAGGCGUCGUCCAUGACACGACCAACCUGGAGAUGGAGCCCUCGCUGGCCGAGGACCCUGAGCACCGGAAGAAUCAGCAGCAGGAAGCAGCAGCCACAACGACGCCGGCAAAGCCCAAGAGCCUCCUGGCGGUCCCCGUCGGGAUCAAGAACAAGGCCGUCGUCGACAAGCUGGUCUCCAAGUUCCCCGCCGGCGACUUCACCGUGAUGCUGUUCCACUACGACGGCGCGGUGGAGCAGUGGGGCGACCUCGAGUGGUCGGGCCGCGCCGUGCACGUGGCGGCGCGGGGGCAGACCAAGUGGUGGUUCGCCAAGCGGUUCCUGCACCCGGACGUGGUGGCGGAGUACGACUACGUCUUCGUAUGGGACGAGGACAUCGAGGUCGACGCCUUCGACCCCACCCGGUACCUCGACGUCGUGCGCAGGGAGGGCCUCGAGGUGUCGCAGCCGGCGCUCGACCGCCGCUCCGAGAUCCACCACGCCAUCACGGCGCGCGCGCUGGCGCCGGCGCCGGGCGGCGUGCACCGGCGCGUGCGGGACGCGCGCUGCGGCGACGGCGGCGGCAGCGCCGGCCCGCCGUGCGCGGGGUGGGUCGAGGUGAUGGUGCCCGUGUUCUCGCGCGCGGCGUGGCGGUGCGCGUGGGGGAUGGUGCAGAACGACCUCGUCCACGGCUGGGGGCUCGAUUACAGGCUCGGCUACUGCGCGCAGGGCGACCGCACCGUCAACGUCGGCGUCGUCGACAGCGAGUACGUGCUCCACCGCGGCGUGCCAAUGCUCGGCGACGGCGGCAAGUCGGCAGGGCGGGCCGCGGUGAGGCGGAGAUCUUUCAAGGAGAUGCAGAUAUUCAACAGGCGGUGGGAGGAGGCUGCCGCGGAGGACGAGUCAUGGACUGAUCCUUACGCCGGACAGCCAGCGACGGCGAGCUCCAGAUGACCGGCCGGCGUGUGCGUCACCAGAAAUAUAGGUCAACAUGUAGUCAUGUCGAUGAU